AUGCCCGGGUCAUAUGGCUCUCCCGUGGCUCCGAUCCUCGAUACGCACACGGGCGCCAAGCCCAUCUUCUUCAACCCUCCCCCACAUACUCCCGCUCUCGCUACCGGCCGGCCAGGCAGACACGCGACAGGAUACGAUAGCUUCAGCACUAGCAAGAAGCGCUCGCGGCACGACAACUCCGACUCGUACUUCACAACACCGUUCUCCACUGGUUCCGAUCUCUGGGACCAUUCCGUGGGCGCGUCGAUAGAUCGCGCAGGCAAUGCCAAGAGCCCGCCACCGCUGGCCUACGAAAAGUACCAUCUGGCAGGAGGGUCAGAGACGCCACAGGUCUUGGGGAACUUCCAACGAGAGGCCGACGAUUAUCACAAUCUUGGGGGGCAGCGUCGCGGAUACUGGGAUAAUACGCCCGCGGGGGGAGUAAUGGACGGGCCGUCGGCAUCGAAUGGCAUGAGCCAGUCGACGUUAAGGAAUCUCAUCACGAUGGUGGGCGGAGUGGCGGGGAAGCUGGUGCAGUACUGCGCCGUGCCGUUCAGAGGGUUCCAUGCCGGUGGCGGACAGGGCUACGACAUUCAAGGUGGCGUCUCAGAGUCAAACGUGUGGGAAAAGCUAUCGAUGAAUCCAGAGCUGAAGGCAUUUCCCGAUGCUUCAACACUCCCCGGACGAUUUCCAGAAGACAACUAUGGGGUUUUGUCUAUAGCGUCCGUGGACGAGACUCGUCCGCGAACCAUCAAGCGGCAGUGUACGGAUGAUCGGGAGUGGGUCAUGGUACAGGAUUCAGGAGACGCAGACUCUAGAGCGUCAAGCCCAAGGCUUUCAGAACGACGCCUUCCAGCUUUAUCGACACCUCUUUCGCCUUCUCAGAUCCCGCGCCCAGUAUCUCGAGCUGGUUCCAUGGCCCACGGCUCCAGUGAGAGGCCUUCGCGGAUUCCCUUAUCUCGCCGCACAUCGUCAGCGCGCGUCUCCUUGGUGUCGAAUACAGGAUCACCAGCCUUCCGAAAAACUGCUUCGUUUGCUUCACCACGUGCCCGCGAAUACAACCGGCAAAGCUAUGGUUCACCGGUUAUGUUCCAGGUUCAGCAAACCAGCCCCCUCCCCGCCGAGUCGCAGCGCCUGAUCAACAAGGUCAAACGCGAUGAAAUGGAGGAGGAAUUGCGGUUACGAAAAAUGAGCGCUCAAACGAAGUUGAUGCUCAGACAGGCCAGGGAAGCUCUUGGUAGCAAGUUUGAGAUUGAAGAUUUCGACAAUGACAUGGAGGAUGAGGGCUUCUCUGAAGCGCCAUACAAGCGGCAGGGUCGAGGAAAGUGGGAUGCUAGGUGA